UGUAAAGAUACUUCCUAUAAUUAUGAAGGAGUUUAGGCAUCGGAGACGCUUAGGAGUAAAAAGACACCAAAUUCGUACAUCAAAGUUCUGUGCGAGGAACGCCUGGAUUUACUUUCAAGAUACUCACAAUGAAUUUCUCUCAUCUAAAUAUUUGCGCUUAGGAGGAGACUAUUCACUAUUGUUAAUGGGUCUAAUUUCGAGGAAAUUUUAUAAAUUCUUUCUUAUGGAUCUUAUUUAUGAAUCAAUUAAACUAUCCGCUCUUCUUCAACUCCAAUUAUUCAUCCACCCAUAUUUCCAAGUUCUUAUGUUGAGGUGAACAGAAGGUAUAUCCUGUGGUCCCCAAAAGUCUGAAAUCAUAUGUUCAAAUAGGUGUCCACCAGUUUUAAUAUCUGCUCGUUUCUAAACAAGUCUUUGGAGCACAAGUAUAUAAUGC